CGUCCCGGGCGCUGCUCGCAUGGACGCGGCGACGAAGCGGAGCCGCUCCGAGGAGCCGGCCGAGUGCCUGCCGCCGGUUCGGGACGUGGAGGAGGAGGCGGAGGAGGGCAUGGAGCGGUGCCUGGAGGAGGAGGAGGAGGAAGAGGAGGUGGACCCUCGGAUCCAGGGAGAAUUGGAGAAGUUAAAUCAAUCCACAGAUGACAUCAACCGCCGGGAGACUGAAUUGGAGGAUGCCCGCCAGAAGUUCCGCUCUGUCCUGGCGGAAGCAACGGUGAAAUUGGACGAGCUGAUGAAGAAGAUUGGCAAGGCCGUGGAAGAGUCGAAGCCCUACUGGGAGGCGCGGAGGGUGGCGAGGCAGGCACAGCUAGAAGCACAGAAGGCCACGCAGGACUUCCAGAGAGCCACGGAGGUGCUGCGCGCAGCCAAGGAGACCAUCUCGUUGGCCGAGCAGCGGUUACUAGAGGACGACAAGCGGCAGUUUGACUCGGCUUGGCAGGAGAUGUUGAACCAUGCUACCCAGAGGGUCAUGGAGGCUGAGCAGACCAAAACGAGGAGCGAGCUGGUGCAUAAGGAGACGGCCGCCAGGUACAACGCCGCCAUGGGCCGCAUGCGGCAGCUGGAGAAGAAGCUCAAGAGAGCCAUCAACAAGUCCAAGCCUUACUUUGAACUCAAGGCGAAGUACCAUGUGCAGAUGGAGCUGCUGAAGACGACGGUGGACCAGCUGCAUGCCAAGCUGAGCCUGGCCAAGGGCGAGUACAAGACGGCCCUGAAGAACCUUGAGAUGAUCUCGGAUGAGAUUCAUGAGCGUCGGCGCUCCAGCGCCAUGGGGCCCCGGGGCUGUGGUGUGGGCGCCGAGGGCAGUGGCACGGCUGUGGAGGGCCCACCGGUGGGCAAGCCCGAGCUGGACGCCGUCUCUGUGGCCUCGGAGGCGUUUGAGGAUGACACCUGUAGCAACUUCGUAUCUGAAGAUGACUCGGAAACCCAGUCUCUGUCCAGCUUCAGUUCGGGACCCGUGAGCCCGUCUGAGAUCCCCGAGCAGCUCCCGGCGGUGGUGCGGCCCGGCAGCCUGGACCUGCCCAGCCCCGUGUCCCUGUCUGAGUUCGGCCUGAUGUUUCCCGUGCUGGGCCCACGCAGUGAAUGCAGUGGGGCCUCCUCUCCGGAGUGUGAGGUGGAGCGAGGAGACAGGGCAGAAGGAGCAGAGAACAAGACAAGUGACAAAGGCAGCAACAACCGGGGCCUCGGCGGCGGUGGCGGCCGCAAGAGCCAGAGCAGCGUCUCCCCGGAGGGCCAGGCCUUGGAGAGCCGCCUGCAGCAGCUCUCUCUCCAGUGCUCCAGGGGGAGAGAGGGGCUGCUGGUGGACACAAAGACUGGCUGAUCCUUGCAGGCCCGCGGCCAUCGUGAAUGUCACUAUUUAUACCUGAAACCGGAGAACAUCGUGCCAAUUGUCGUUCACUAUAUGCCAAAUCUUGAGCAUUUUCUCUAAUCUGAACUGAUGACGUCUCAGAGACCCUGAGGGCUGAAGAUUGUUCUGGGAAGAGCUGCUGUCGUGGGUGGACCUCGUGGCCAGGCUGGCGGUAGGGGGCUUGUGGCAGCGCUGUGGAGGUACAGGAGCCAGCCCGCGUGGGCAGCGGGUCCCUCGCCCUUGUUUCCCAGGCUACCUUGAAGGAAACGUCGUCCUGGCCUGCAUUCCCCACUGCCACCCACUAGCGAGGAUGAGUACUCAGCGCAUGCGCCGGCGAAGGCUUCAAGAGCAUCCUGUGGCACUGGCCGUUGCCGAAGCCGCGACUUCCUAGAGGGGGUGGGGACAGGGACUGAGGGAGGGUGGGGCGGGAGGGUUCCCUAGCAGAGACCUUCCUGCUGGCUGCGGGAUUUGUCAGCCAAGAGGUGCAUGCCAAGAAUGGUCGCCACUGUUCUGUUAGCCUGACAAGUGUUUUCACUUGGAAUGAAAUGACUGAAGGGUUGGGCAGCACUGGUCCUUCUUAGGGGAGCUUGUGAAGGGAGGAAGCAUGUGUCGGCAAAGGCUGUUACGGAGAGCAGAGGCUUCUGUUAUGCUAAUAGUAGUUAAGACUGCUUUUCUUUACUGUUCUCAUGGUUAUGCAUAUCUAGAAUGUCUGGAUUUUUCCUUUUUUGUUAGGAUAAUUUAGCAUUUCUAAAAAAAAGGGGGGGGGAGGAAAAAAAUAAAGCAACCUGCCCAUUUCAAGUUGUCUGUUAACCCUGCGUGCAGCUUGUGUCGUUCAGGCAUUAGUAAAUCUCCCUGCUGCGGCGGUCUCUUUUUUAUUGACGGAUGAGUAUUCUACUUCCAAGGUUAUUUUGUACUCGUCUUAAUACCUUGAGUGUAAUAAACAUGGCCUAAG